AUGAAAAUGAUGUUCACAAGUGUUUGCCAGCUUGCAUGGCCUCAAACUUGUUUAGUUUUGUUGUUAAUUCUGUAUAAUUUAACGAUAUCAGCAAGUAAAUCAUCAGUCUCUUACUCGAAGCACUGUGAUUCUGUUGUCCCGGAGGCAACUUCAACCGGUUAUGCUAAUUUUGCUUUUCCUUAUCUGGAAACAGUACGUUCCUCGUUCACUGGUGGCGAAAGAAUUUUAGGAAACUCAGGUUACAGUUAUCCAUCAUCUUUCGAUUUUCACACCUCAAAAAAUGUCUAUGCAACAGAAACUCAGGGGGUUUACAAGAUUGAAGCAGAGAUGAGUUUCAGGGUGUAUAAUGAUGUGUAUUAUCCUCAAAGUAAUGUGACUGCUGGGAUACCACCUCGACGUCGUAGGAGGUCAGGGAGGUUGAAGUUCUUGCUGCAUGGAUUCUGGUCAGAGGCCUCUGGGAGAGGUUGUUUUGUUGGAUCUGCUUCUUGGCACUCCAGUCAAGGUGAGCCUCUCACUCUUGAAGCUAUGUUUAAUAUGAACUAUUUCAAGGAUUCGACGUAUUCUAAUAGUUUUGUAACUGGAAAGUUGGAGAGUUUGAGUCAUGAAAAUGAUGAGGGUUAUUUUGAACCGAUUUCAAUAUUGUCUUUUCCUCAAGUAAAACAGUAUGAGUACAAGUUGAUAUCUGAGGAAAUUGCUAGAGGUUUUGAUGUUGAUGUUAAAAAAGGCGAGGUCCUUGAUUCACACCCUGGAUAUAUAUGUUCAUUGUUUAGCAUGGAAUAUGUUCCUUUUGAUUUGGAGUAUGCAAGCAAUUGCAGUAGUUCUAUCAAGAACUGUUCUCCAGUAGACAGGGCUCUUGGAUAUAUGCCUACUCAUAUAGCCUUGUAUUCCAUUCAAUGCCCUGAAUACGGAAACAAGAUGCGUUUUCUGGUACAAUUUACUAAUAGCGCCUAUAUGGGGAGGUAUGCGAUGUUUAAUCCAAAUUCAACAUUAGUUGGGGAAGGAUUGUGGGAUGAGAAAACAAAUUCUCUAGUCAUUGUUGGUUGCAGGAUAUCUUCAACUUCUUUGGGAGAUGUUCGUGUUGGGGAUUGUUCAUACCGGUUGAGCCUGUGGUUCCCUUCGGUAUGGUCAAUUAAAAACAGAGACAAAGCUGUGGGACAGAUUUGGACAAAUAAGACUUCAGAAGAUUUAGGUUACUUUGGCAGGACCAAACUCAGGAGUACGAGUACUUAUGGGUACCUGAAUGUUCCUGGAUUGAAGUACGAAUACACUGGAAUCGAGAGGAUGAGCAAGUUAUGCCCAAAGAAGGCAGCAGGUAGAGGGAAGAGAUACCCACGAGGACAGUCUUAUGACAUGAGGUUUGACAUGUCUGUGAAAGAAUUUGCUUGGGGUGACGCAGAACCCUUAUUCGUAGGCAAUAAAUCCUAUGCACAUUCUCCUGUGUACAUAUCAAACUCAAGAUGGGGAGGUUAUAGGGAAAUUGUGGAAUCUGAAGCUGAAGUUGAAGAUGCUGAUAACGUUCCAGUGAAUGUCAGUUACAAGUUGAGGUUUUACUCAAUGGGCGAUGACAAACUAGGAGCUGGCCGUUCAUCUUUGAAUGCGUCCUUUGAUUCAAAUGGCCAGUUGGUUAUAUCUGCUGAAGGAGUUUAUGAUGCUGGAACAGGAUCCCUUUGUAUGGUUGGCUGUAGAAAUAUGGGCUUUAACCAUUCAGCAGAUUGUGAUAUUGUUCUGAAUUUCCAGUUCCCUGAAUCAGAGGGGUCUAAUGGAGGUUAUAUCAAAGGUAGCAUGAAGAGCACAAGAAAACAAAGUGAUCCUCUUUUCUUUGAGAAGUUAUCCAUUACAGCUACCUCUUUCUCUUCUUCUCAAGCACAACGAUCCAUAUGGAGGAUUGAUUUAGAGAUCACAAUGGUCUUGAUCUCAAACACCCUGGCGUGUUUGUCAAUUUGUUACCAAAUCUACUAUGCGAGGAAGUACCCCAAAACCCUUUCUUAUAUCUCACUUGUUAUGCUAGUGAUACUCACGUUGGGGCACAUGAUCCCUCUUGUGCUAAACUUUGAAGCCCUUUUCAUGCCAAAGCAAGAUACACGGUAUAUGUUGCUUAAUAGUGCUGGAUGGCUUGAAGUGAAUGAGGUGAUUGUAAGAGUUGUUACAAUGGCAGCCUUCCUCUUGCAAUCUCGUCUCCUCCAAUUAGCCUGGACUGCACGACGAUCAGGUGAGAGCAGUGAGCAGGGCAUAUCAGUUUCAGAGAAAAAGACUUUAUUAGUUUCUUUGCCAAUAUACAUAAUUGGUGGAUUGAUUGCUUUUCUUGUGAACUGGAAGAAGAAUUACUAUGCCAAUGCACCGUCUACAUUUGACUAUUCACAAACGCAGCAACAACAUACACUCUGGGGGGACUUAAGAUCAUAUGCUGGCCUCAUACUUGAUGGCUUUCUCUUCCCUCAAGUCCUGCUCAACAUAUUUCAGAUGUCGGAAGAAAGUGCUCUGUCCAUGCCUUUUUACCUUGGAACAACAUUGGUUCAUGCAGUGCCUCAUGCCUAUGAUCUUUAUCGAGCCAACAACUAUAUUCCAGCCAAUGCCAUGCGCGCUUUUACUUAUGUUUAUGCAGAUCCUAGUGCAGAUUUUUACUCUGCUGCUUGGGAUAUCAUCAUUCCACUUGCAGGUCUGUUGCUUGCUGCGAUCAUAUAUCUGCAGCAAAGAUAUGGUGGCCGAGUUAUCCUUCCCAGGAAAUUCAGGGAGCUGGAAUUAUACGCAAAAGUGCCAGUAGUUGACUCCUAA